AUGAAUCCCGAUUCCAAGAAUUUCAACACAUCACAAGCAUGCUCCGACCAGAUCACGAAGAACGAGUCACCAUGUCAGGUCCCCAACGAUGAGAAAAUACAAAUCGCCAACCUCGACAGCAGCUCCAGCACACAAAUAGCAGAGCAGAACAGCACAGACCAAAGCGACGCCGAAAGCAUAGGCGGCCAACGCAACAGCGACCUCCCCCAAAAACGCCUCCUCAUUUCUAUAACCGCCCUAUCAGUAUGCCUCUUCGUAUCGUUCCUCGACCAAACGAGCGUGUCAACGGCUACGCCCUCCGUAGCUGGCGAGCUCAAAACAGGAACUUCGACAUCAUGGAUCGGAACUUCGUUUUUGAUAGCGUCUACGGCAUUUCAGCUUAUCAACGGUCGCCUUUCGGAUAUUUUCGGGCGCAAGAAUAUGCUGUUGCUGUGCUUGUUUCUUAUGGGCGUUGGAGAUCUUGCGUGCGGUUUUGCACAGACGCCGGUGCAGUUGUAUGUCUUUCGGUCGAUUGCUGGUGUUGGUGGUGGGGGGAUUAAUAGCUUGGUCAUGAUUAUCGUGAGUGAUAUCACAUCACUGCAAAAUCGUGGAUAUUAUCAAGGAAUGUUAGGAGCCAUUAUCGCGCUUGCCAACGGCAUUGGACCUUUCUUAGGCGGUGCCAUCGUUCAGUCUGCGACUUGGCGAUGGGUCUUCUGGAUGAUACCCAUCAUCACUCUACCUACUACAGCAAUUAUUUGGUUCUACCUCCCUCUCAAGCAUCGAUCUGGAGAGUACAUGGAGAAGAUAAAAAAGAUCGACUACGGAGGCAUAGUUCUCAACAUCGCAUCAACGCUACUACUUCUGAUCCCUAUAUCCGGAGGAGGCGUCACAUAUGCCUGGACAUCAGCAUUCUUCAUCGCCACCGUCAUCAUCAGUAUCUUUCUAGCAGUCCUCUUUGUUCUGUUUGAAUGGAAGUUGGCAAAACUACCGAUCAUGCCUCUGCGACUCUACCGCGCGCCUCAUUGCUGGGCGCUGUACCUGCAGUCUUUCUUGACGGGUCUGGCUUACUUCGGCAACUUCUUCUAUCUACCGCUUUACUUCCAAUCGGUACUCGGAUAUGACGCGCUGGUUGCUGGUGCUCUUAUCUUAGCGGUAGUCAUUCCAACGUCGCUCACUUCCAUCCUGUCGGGGCAGUACAUGAGUCGCGUGGGAAGUUAUAUGCACUGCAUCCUAGCUGGUUUCGCUCUGUGGACGCUUGGGAAUGGGCUCACGCUUAUUUUCAAUCGGGAAACGAAGCUAGGGCCGCUGAUUGGCAUUCUCAUCGUCGAGGGUGCGGGUAUCGGGUUCACAUUGCAGCCUACGCUUGUUGGGAUGUACGCAAACGGCCGCAGCGAGGACAGAGCAGUUACAACUGGUUUACGAAACUUUAUCCGCACAAUUGGCGGCGCAUUUGGAGUGGUCAUCUCAGGCGUCAUUCUAUCAAACACGCUAAACAAAGAGCUCGGUGGGAGAGGUAUCGUGUCCAAUGACACAAUCGCUCAAUUGACGUCGUCAACAUAUUCGCUGAGCAGCAUGGGCUUGUCGCAGGAGGACCAGGAUAUUAUUCUAGAUGCAUACAUGAAGGGCCUGUACUACACGUUUGUCUUCUUUACGGUAUGCUCGGGAUUGAGUCUGGUUUUGACGUUCUGGGUUGGAAACACGAGCCUCAAAUCGCCUGCGAAGAGUGAGGACGCGUCAGGGUCGACAGAUCGAGAGAUGACGGAGGAAGAGACACGUGGGCAGGUCGACCUCGAAAAGGCACAACGAUAG